ACUCAGCGAAGUUUCGGGUGCUCUCCAGGAGUUCCACGGAACCUUCUUUAUCUCACGCCUCCGGUUGAGCAUUAGCUGUUCUUGCCUUCUCUCCAACUUUUCUUGGCUUCUCUCUUCGUCUCCGUCUCCCCAUCGAUCGAUAAGAGCAAUUCCGGAUCUAACGUCUCUAUUCGAAUUGGGGCGAUGUCUACGCCCGCGGAAUUCUAUAAUUCUCUUCCACCAAUAAGCAAGGGAUACGGGACCCUGUGUUUGCUGACCACAGUGGCAUGUCAGUUAGGAAUACUUCCUCCUGCAAGUAUUGCACUAUACUAUCCGUUUGUACUUUCACAUUUUCAGGUGUGGAGGUUGCUCACAAACUUUUUCUUUCUUGGUAAAUUUUCAAUCAACUUUGGAAUUCGUCUUCUCAUGAUAGCAAGAUAUGGAGUACAGUUGGAGAGAGGUCCUUUCGACAAGCGUACUGCAGACUUUUUAUGGAUGAUGAUGUUUGGAGCAUUCUCAUUGUUGGCUUUGUCUGCCAUCCCUCCUCUAUGGUCCCCUUUCUUAGGGAUUUCACUGGUCUUUAUGCUUCUCUAUGUUUGGAGCAGAGAGUUUCCAGAUGCCCAGAUCAACAUUUAUGGCCUUGUUACACUAAAAGCAUUUUAUCUACCAUGGGCAAUGCUUGCACUGGAUGUUAUCUUUGGUUCGCCGCUUAUGCCUGACCUACUGGGAAUUAUCGCUGGGCAUCUAUACUACUUCCUAACGGUGUUGCAUCCUCUUGCUGGUGGGAAAAAUAUUCUGAAGACUCCAAAUUGGGUACACAGAUUAGUUGCUCGGUGGGCAAUACGAUCGCAAGCCUAUUCCUCCGCGAGGCCUAAUGAUACGACUGCUGGUGUGGCCUUCCGGGGGCGAAGCUAUAGGUUAAAUAGAUGACUGGAUCAUCCUAGCUGCGCAGCUAGUUGUGUUCUGCUUGAUGUAACUUGUUCUUGAAGGUCCUUUUAGGUUCAAGUUAGAAGUAAGAGAAAAAAGAUUGUUAUGUAGUUCAGUGAGCAAUUUGAAAAUCCUUGUUUCAACUCAUGCUAAUUGUGAAUUGAGGAAGAAGUGUCAUUUUCCGGAAAUGUUAUCGAUCGAGAUAUAUUUAUGGUUACUGAUCAGUGUCCGAGUCGAUUAAUACGAUCUUAGUGGCAUCUGCAUAUUUAUUUUGCA